GCGAACAUAGAGCACAAUAUUUCAUAUGUAUAUAGAUAUUGUGUCUGAAAACACUGUGUUGUUUUUGUUUUUGAUAUCUGUCGCUGUUUUUAUACGAGACAGAGGCAUUCAGUGCGCAAUAAAUGAUUCGUUAACUCAAAGCAGAAUUUAUAAAUGAAAAAUAUAAAUAAGAAAUGUAAUUAAAACAAAACUACCUAUAUUAACGGUAGCGCAAAAACCUUGUAUCCACGUAUGCGUUUCUCAUUUCGUGAUAAUUACAAAAAAUUGAAAAAAAUUAAAUCUUGCACACAGCUGCAUACAUACAUAAUAUACUCACACAUUUGUGCAAUUGGACAGUCGGUCGGUCGGUCGGUCAGUCAGUCUAAUACGCGGCGUGCUAAAAUCACCAUUGUUCUUAUUGUCUGGAUAAAAUAAGAUGUGCAAAUUAAUAUGUGUAUUUUAGUAUAAAUCUCUAAUGGUCAGUUAAAAGCACAUAGCAACAUUGUCUAUAACUUUUACUAUUAUUUGUUCUGUAUAUACAGUACGAUUAGGGAAUUGCGCAUAGUAAUUCAAUACAAACUUGUUCCAACUCUAUUGCAUUUUCCAAAAUUUGUUGCCUUCUUUUAUUGUAUGCAGAACUUACUCUUCUUGACAAAUUCGUUUAUAUUCAUUAUUGCGGCGAAAUACGUAGUCCUCGUCCUUUGGUACAUAAUUACUAUUAAAUAAACAUGAGUGGUGAAGUGACUGUGGUCCACAAUGGAGUCAUCUGCAAAAGUGAUAUCAUGAAGAAGACUGACAGCAAUACGGCGAUACCGUUCAUCGAACAGCCUGUUAAAAAAAUACCUGAUGAUCGUUCAGACUUGACAGAACCGCUGUAUAUCGAUCCAAAUCUAUAUGUAGAUAUCGGUAAUGGGGAUUAUUGCUGCCCCGCAUCGCCCACCACUGUGCCCGGUCGUAUUGUUUCCUCAAAUUCAUUGGAAUCACCGGCACGCACCACAACACCAACCAGACCGGCGCGCCGCCAACGUACGACAUCGGUGAAUAGUCAAUCGACCACAGCCAAUCCGGCUGAGUGUAUUAUACGGGCCAAUAAUCGUACUAUCUAUACGGCCGGCCGUCCGCCAUGGUAUAAUUGUGCCGGUCAGCAAGUGGAACCAUUUGUUAUUGGUGUUUGCGGUGGGAGCGCAUCGGGCAAGACAACUGUUGCACAAAAAAUUAUCGAGAGCUUAAGUGUGCCAUGGGUAACUUUACUCUCCAUGGACUGUUUCUACAAGAUAUUAACGGAGAAGCAACAUGAACAGGCGUUAUUGAACGAAUAUAAUUUCGAUCAUCCUGACGCAUUCGAUAUAGACUUAUUAGUGGAGGUGUUGACUAAACUUAAAGAGGGUCGUAUGGUCGAAGUGCCCAUCUAUAAUUUUGUAACACAUUCACGUGAAUCAAAGACUAAAACAAUGUAUGGCGCUAAUGUCAUCAUUUUUGAGGGUAUUUUAGCAUUUCACAGCACAGAAGUACUUAAACUUUUAGAUAUGAAAGUGUUUGUUGACACCGAUGCAGACAUACGUUUAGCUAGGCGUCUCAAAAGGGACAUUUCACAACGCGGUCGCGAUCUCAGUGGUGUACUUAAACAGUAUUUAACCAUGGUAAAGCCUUCUUAUGCCAAUUAUAUAGCGCCCACUAUGGCGCAUGCCGACAUCAUAGUGCCACGCGGUGGUGAAAAUAAAGUAGCCAUACAUCUCAUAGUUCAACACGUUCAUACACAACUACAAUUGCGCGGAUUUAAAUUGCGUGAGACUUUAGUAAAUUCAUAUAAGGAUCAACCCAUGCCAGAUUCGCUACAUUUGCUGCCACCGACGCCACAAAUUAAAGGACUGCAUACGUUUAUACGUUGUCGUGGCACAUCUAGAGAUGAAUUUAUAUUCUAUUCUAAGCGUUUAAUACGUUUAGUUAUCGAAUAUGCCUUGAGUUUGUUUCCAUUUAAAACAACAACAGUUGAAACACCACAAGGAGUGCUCUAUGAAGGUAAACGUAUGGGUUCUAGAAAAAUAUGUGGCGUGUCUAUCUUGCGUGCCGGCGAAACAAUGGAACAGGCUAUUUGUGAUGUGUGUAAAGAUAUUCGUAUUGGUAAAAUUCUUAUACAAACGAAUCGCAAUACAGGCGAACCGGAGCUAUAUUAUUUGCGUUUACCUAAGGAUAUCAAAGACUAUAAGGUAAUUCUUAUGGAUGCCACUGUUGCUACGGGUGCGGCUGCUAUGAUGGCAUUACGUGUGCUACUGGAUCAUGAUGUACCCGAGGAGAAUAUAAUAUUAGCUUCAUUGCUAAUGGCUGAAAUUGGUGUACACUCGAUUGCGUAUGCCUUUCCGAAAGUGAGAAUAGUCACAUCAGCUCUGGAUCCUGAAGUGAAUGAAAAAUUUUACGUGAUACCCGGUAUUGGUAAUUUCGGUGAUCGCUAUUUCGGUACUGAACCUUCUGAUGACUACCUUUAACCAAUUUAGCUUAAGUCAAAUUAACUUAUAAUAAUGCAAAACAUAAAUGCAAGAUAUGAAUUGAA